UGGCGGCAGCAUUGCCCCAACCAAACCCCAUGUGCGGCGGUGACGGACCACAUAGUUAUGUUCGCAAUUCUUCAUACCAAAAAGCGGCAAUAGAGUGUGCAAAAGGGAAGAUCAAAGAAGCCGUCUUGGAAAAACUCGAUCUUUUCCACAUGCGUUCCGACCUUAGUACUUUCAAAGUUGCAGAUUUCGGUUGUUCUGUUGGAUCUAACACUAUUGAUACUAUCCAAAAUAUCAUAGAAACGGUGAAAUUAAAGUACCAACAACGAAAUAUUAAAAUACCUCAAAAUCAUCUUGAAUUCCAUGUUUUCUUUAACGAUAAACUUAAUAACGAUUUCAAUAGUCUCUUUAAAAACGUAUCUCGUUCCAUUUAUAAACAUUGUUUUAUAGUCGGAGUACCUGGCUCCUUCUACGAUCGAGUACUUCCAAGAAACACUAUCAACAUCGGUCACACUUCCUACGCACUUCAUUGGUUGUCCAAAGUUCCACAAGAUGUAUGCAACAAAAAAUCUUCUGCUUGGAACAAAGACAGUAUUGUGUGUUCUGAUUUGGUGGAAGAAGUGUCCAAUGCUUACAAAGUUCAAUUCAAGAAGGAUAUGGGGGAUUUUCUUGGAGCUAGAGAGGAAGAGCUAGUGCCCGGAGGCUUAUUGAUCAUGUCGGGAAUGUAUUUACCCAACAGUGUUCCAAUGGCUCAUACAUGGAAGGGUGUUGCCAUUGAUAUGAUAGGAGAUUGUCUUGUUGAUAUGGCGAAUUCGGGGAUAUUAAGCAAAGAAAAGGUUGAAUUGUUCAGUUUGCCCUUAUACUUCCCGCAUAUGAGUGAAUUGGAAGUGGUAAAGCAAAAUGAGCGUUUUAGCAUUGAAGUGUUCGAGAGAGUGAUUCAUCCUAUGGAGGGUUUGCCGUUAACCAAUGACUUUAUAGCCUCGCUAUAUCGAGCCGUUUUCCAUGGACUCAUAGAGGAAUACUUCGGAGAUGGGGUGGUCGAUGAAUUAUUCGAUCGGUAUGCUACGAAACUAGCGACAUGCUCCAUCGAUUUCCAAUCACGCGACAAGGUUUUGCAAUAUUUCAUUGUACUCAAACACAAUGUCCAUUGAGAUGUGAUUUGCUUUUUG